AUGUCGUCGUUCUUUUUCUCCACACCCGUCGAUAUCGACAUCGUGCUGGAGGAUAGCGAUGAGCGGGAAACGGUCGACAUCAAGCUCGAGAAGAACCGACGCGAGAAGGCGCCGUUGUAUCUUGACGGAGAAUCUGUCAAGGGCGCAGUUACAGUCAGGCCGAAGGAUGGCAAACGGCUAGAGCACACGGGUAUCAAGGUGCAAUUCAUUGGCAUGAUUGAAAUGUUCUAUGAUCGCGGUAACCACUACGAAUUCCUCUCCCUGGGCCAAGAACUUGCUGCCCCCGGUGAACUCCAGCACCCCCAGACAUUCCCAUUCAAUUUCAAAAACGUCGAGAAACAAUACGAGUCCUACAACGGUAUCAAUGUCAAACUACGGUACUUUGUACGGGUCACUGUCUCCCGUCGCAUUGCAGACGUGGUGCGCGAAAAGGAUAUAUGGGUAUACUCGUACCGGUUGCCACCAGAGUCGAAUAACCCAAUUAAAAUGGACGUGGGUAUUGAGGACUGCUUGCAUAUCGAAUUUGAGUAUUCAAAGUCAAAAUACCAUUUGAAAGAUGUUAUCGUGGGUAGGAUAUACUUUUUGCUUGUUCGACUGAAGAUCAAGCAUAUGGAGCUUUCGAUUAUUCGACGGGAGACUACGGGAUCACCACCAAAUCAAUAUAACGAGAGUGAGACGUUGGUCAGAUUCGAGAUUAUGGAUGGCUCCCCGUCGAGAGGCGAAACUAUACCCAUCAGGUUAUUCCUGGGCGGCUUUGACCUGACCCCUACCUUCCGAGACGUGAACAAGAAGUACUCAACGAGAUACUAUCUCAGUCUAGUUUUAAUUGACGAAGAUGCCCGUCGAUAUUUCAAACAGUCGGAAAUCGUUCUAUUCCGCCAAUCCCCCGAGAUGGCUGCUGCUGCCCAACUCGAAAACCAACCCCACGAUGGCCAGCAUGCAGUUCCGCCACCAGAACGCAAGCAAGCUAUACGUCAUCCUGAUGAUGGAGAGGGUGACGUGCUGCAAAGCCCACAUUUAGCAUCGCCUCAAUCCCAACUUGCGCCUGAGCCUGCACCCGAACCUGCGCCACCGGUAUAG